AUGAGUAUUCUUGGAAUUGUCGCGGUAUCGAUCAUUUGUGCGAUUGCCUUUUUAUUUGUGUCCUAUGGAACUCUUCGUCUAAUUAAUGCUGCUAGAAGAAGAAGCGCUAUGAACAAGGGAGAUUCUUCUUCUACGAGAUCCUGGAAAUUUUUGAAGAAUCCCUUUGCUCGUUCCGGAAAGUUUGAGGCUUUAGAUGCUGAUGAUAUGUGGGACAGUCGAGUCGAAGAAACAGAAUUAAGCACCAUUCCUUCAGCUGCUAAUUAUUUCGAGAACGUUACGGAAAGAUCACCCUUUGUUACAGCCGAUUUGAACUCUCAGCGAGAUUCUUCACCUGCUUCCCAUGGAAAGCAUUUAGAAAAUGAAGCUUUUGCAUCCCCAUUCCAUCCGGAAAACUCACCGUUUUCACAAAACAAAGCUACGUAA